AUGAAUCAAGGCAUUAAGGAUUUGGUGAUUUCAAUUUUACCAAGCCUCUCAGAUGAAACACUGGCACAUUUGUUGGAAGUUCUGGAGGAGCUGGGAGUCGAAAACAAGGAAGACCUUGUGUUGGUCGAAGAAAAAGACAUUGAAAAAUACUUGCGUCCAAUACAAUGCAGAAAAUUGUUGGCUGCUUUUAAAAAUGAAGGACUUCCAGUAAUUCAGUUAAAUUUAGAGGCUGUCCCUUCUCCCUCUUCAUCUCAGAGCCCUUUGGGAAGCACAUGCAGUCCAUCCUCACACUCCUCAUGCACUGAGAGCUUUGCACCAAAUCUUGGAAGGCCAUGGCAUGUUGAUUUCAGAGUAAAUUGGGAACGGAUGCCUUCAUCCCUUCAAAAAUGUUUGGUAAAUCAAGCAAGACCCCUCCCAGUAGACAGAAAAAACAUAGUACAGGCAGUGGUAGAUCAGAUCUUAGAACAAGAUCCUAAUCCUAGUAGAGCAACAUGCCACACUAUAGUUCGGGGCAUCAUUAGAGAGUUUCCUAAAUGUUUUGCAGAUAUAGGCAAAACAGGAGAUAUUAUUGGAGAUGGCUGCCAGUCCCUCCUUCAACAAAUUAAAACAAGGGUUGAGUACAAAAAUAGAAACAACACUCUUGCACGACGACGGAGAGAGAGGAGGGCCAGCAGUGGAGCAGGGACAAUGGCAAGAGGCCCAGUGGAUCAAUAUGGGUGCGUGAGAUGGGCUCCUACAGAUCUACCCAGUGGCGAGACCGAGACGACAUUGGAUGAGAUGAAAAUGCGCCUACGCCGCAUGUUUUCAGAGGAUGGCUUUAAUGGUGCAGAAAGAGCUGAGCCACUAAUGGAAAAGACUUACAUACUGCAACGUACUGCACCAACCAUUGACAGGGUUAUAGAAGAAUGGCCCUUUCUGUCUUCACGAAGAUGCCUUUACUCACACUUUAAGCUGCUCACAGAUGUCUCUAUCAUCAGCAAGCUAAGAGAGGCCAUCCACAGCAAAGGCAGCACAAUUGUUAAGUUCUGCCAGAGACUCAGCCGUUAUCCGGGGAUCGCUGAAGUCCUGGCUAAUUAUGACGUUGAAGUUUCAGACAAGGCCAUGUGUGUUCUACAGCUCCUAAGGACAUACUUUAAAGAACCACAAGACGCCAUCGUGCUUGAGGCUGACCCAUCUGCCACAGCUGCCGACGUCCAAAGGAUGACCAGAUUGCCGAGCACACCUCGCUUGAUUGUCCAAGGUGAUAUGAUUAAGCCUGCAGCAUGGUUGCUCUCCAUCGAAGGAAAAGUUGUCAUGGGGCCACACGCAGACUUUAUCACCGGUAUUGCUUCGCUGUUUUCCAGUUACUACUGUUUGAAUCUUCAAUAUCCAGAAGAGUCUACAUGCACUCUUGAAUUUAUUCAAAGGUGCUUCCUGGGAAUCAACCCUGAUACAGGAUCUAAGUCCAAGAAGAAGCAGGGAGGCAUCAAUCAGCAAGUUUGUUCUCUGCUGCGCAAACUUGUGGAUUUUGAAUGGAUGGCAACAUAAUCAGAUUUUGUGUUAAAGGAGAACUCCGGUCAAUUUUAACAUUGAGCUAUUUUUUUUGUAAAUUUGGAGUGCUGUCAAUACAGAGAACAACAACAAAAAUCAAUGUUACCUAUACUUGUUAUCCUCUUUUUAAAAUUUGCACCCUGUUGACUUCAAUGGGGCAAUGUUUAAACCGGCUUUUAGCCUUUUAACAUCCUUGAUGUGUCAUUACAAGUGCACAGCCAAUGUGAGUGAUUCCUUCAGAGUGAACACGAGUGAAUCUGACUGCAGUAGAUGUGAAAAAUAUGAAUGAAAAUGAGUUCUCCUUUAAGUACUCCCAUGAAACCUGUGUGUUGGGGCUUGGGUUGCCAUGUUAUUUGUUUGAUGGUAUUACUUUUUUCAUUUGCUCUGGUCAUUGUUGGCUCUCUCCGUUUUUACUUGCCAUAUCGCCACUGAAUAUGUUGGACUGCCCUUCUGGUCAAGACCUUCACUUCUACCUAUUGUUUUGGUAUUUACCUCUAGCUGUGUUUUUUGAAUGCCAUC